AUGUCAAAGACCAAAACCAUUUAUAUAAUAUUGUGGCUUUUAAUUCAAUUAUUAAUUGAAGUAAAUAGUCAAACGAACCCUUUUAUUCCAAUUCAACGAUAUGGUCACACUGCUACAAUUAUUGAUAGUAAAAUAUAUUUCUUAGGUGGUCGAGAUGUUGUAGAUACCGAUAGAAGUGGACGUGAAUUUUUUUAUUUUGAAGUCUCUGGACCAUUUAAUACUCAAAAUAUAUUAUGGCAUGACUUAACAAACAUUAAUACAGUUCCGGCACAUCUUUCUGCUGCAUCCGUCAAGGGUGGUAUAAAUAACAAAAACUUGUUUUUAUAUGGAGGAGUAGAAUAUUAUAAAGCAACAAUGUCUUUAGUUUAUACAUUUGAUACUCUAAGUAAUUCAUGGAGUAUUCCUAAAAUUACAGGUGACAAUGUAAUUAGAAAAGAUAACCUAAAAGGCAUCGUUGAUGAUAAGGGGAAAUUAUAUUUAUUUGGUGGAAGAUAUAAUGGGACUAUUCUAAAUGAUAUGCUUAUAUUAGAUACAAUAAGUUUGACCUGGAAAAUAGGAAGUUCAAUUAAUGCGCCUUCUCCACGAGAUGUUUAUGGGGCGGUAUACAUCUCAAAGCAGUUCAUUGUUUAUUUAGGUGGUUAUUAUGCCACAUCCUAUAUUGAUGGUGUAUCUUUAUCAUUAAAAGAGAUUUACUAUUAUGACAUGAUUGGUAACCUGUGGCUUACAAGGGUCACUACUGGUACAAUUCCUUCUGAUAGAGAUUCUUUUUCUGCCGUCCUUGGUUUGGAUGGACAACAGGUGAUAAUUUUUGGAGGAACAAAUGCUCUUAAUAAUCUCAAACCUCAGGAUACUCUUUAUGUAUUAAAUUUAUUAAAUUAUGAAUGGAGCAUUCCAAAAGUUUCUGGAUUAAUUCCGGGUUCCAGAUAUUGGCAUGAAGCAAAUGUAAUUGGCAGAUAUAUGGUUAUAUCAUUUGGGUUUGGUUAUGACAGUAAUGUUGAUAAUGAUAUUUUAUUACUUGAUAUAAGUAAUAAUGAAGAAUAUAUAUGGACAAAUAAUUUCGAUCCAAAUGAUACAAUUGUUCCUCCUCCAGUUUCACCAAAUAACGAUUCACCAACAUCUACUUCUAUACCAGUUAUGAUUGGUAUAUCUGUAGGAACAUGUGUCGUUGUUAUUUCUCUAUUAUUUGGAGGCUUUUACUUGUAUAAAUGGCGUAAAACUAAAACGGAAAAUAUGAGAGCAUUACCAACUCCUGGAAGUGCAAGUGAUAAUAAUUUUAAUCAUGGAGCUUUAGCAAUUCCUACCAGAACUGUCUAUAAUUAUGGACAGGAAGCAAUACCAACACAUGAAAAUUCUUAUUAUUGA